AUGGCGGACCACUCUUCACCAAACCCACCAGGCACCCCUCGGUCUGGAGAAACAGCCAGAGGCAGAGGAAAUCGCGGCAGCAGAGGCAACCGGCGAGGCGGUGGUACAGGCACUGGGACUAGUUCUUCUCCAGGUGAUCAUAACCAGCAGCCGCGCCGGCAUAACCAGGGAGGAAGCGGUGGUAGAGGCCGCGGCAGAGGAGGCAGUGCACACCACGAGGGACGCGGGGCUAGGAACCUAAGACGUGGAGGAAAUCGAACGCAGGAUGGAGAUAACAGACACGAUGUCGGCGGCGAGCCACCAGGAGCGGGUGCUGAGGGCACUGGCACCUCCGGUGUUCGCCUGACCGGAGAUGCCAAACGUUCCCAGGGCGAGGAGAAGCCGACGCAGAGUCCUGGAGGACCUGCCGCCGGAGAGGAGGAAGAGGCUGAUGAGAACGAGAUAUGCUUCAUUUGCGCCUCAAAGAUUGACCAUAUCUCCGUGGCGCCUUGUAACCAUAGGACUUGUCAUAUAUGUUCCCUCAGGCUGAGAGCGUUGUACAAAACCAAGGCCUGUGCUCAUUGUCGAACUGAGUCUGAUUUCGUCAUAUUCACCAAUAAUUCCACGAAGAGAUAUGAGGAGUUUACGAACUCUGACUUUGAUCGUUCUGAUGACAAUCUGGGGAUAAAAUAUGAGCAGUUCGAGAUCUUUGAGGAUACCGUCUUGUUGCUUCGAUACAAUUGUCCGGAUAGUGAUUGUGAUGUUGCAUGUCUUGGAUGGCCAGACUUGCACCGUCAUGUCAAAAGUAAACAUGCUAAGGUGAUGUGUGAUCUUUGUACGCGAAAUAAGAAAGUUUUUACACACGAGCACGAGUUGUUCACUGCAGCAUUGUUACGAAAGCAUGAAAGAUAUGGCGAUGACAACCCAGGUGCCAUUGACCAAAGUGGUUUCAAAGGGCAUCCGGAAUGCGGAUUCUGUCGCCAACGCUUCUAUGGGGAUGACGAGCUCUAUGCACAUUGCAGAGACAAACACGAGAGAUGCCAUAUCUGUGAUCGUAGGUCCGGAGGCAGCAACCCACAAUACUAUAUUGACUAUGAUGCACUAGAGAAACACUUUAACAAAGACCACUUCUUGUGCCUUGAUAAAGAAUGCUUAGAUAAGAAGUUUGUGGUUUUUGACUCGCAAAUGGACCUCAAAGCACACCAGCUUGAGUCCCAUCCUUCUGGGCUAUCAAAAGAUGCAAGAAGAGAUGCCAGGCUCGUUGACAUGUCAACCUUUGACUAUAGAUCUCCUUACCAACAAACUCGCCCGCGCCGAGAUGGCCGUGAUGGCCGCGAUAGCAGAGGAGCUGGGAGAGGCCGCGACCCUAAUUCAGAACCAAUUCCACAGUCAAGCGCCCAACCAUUGCGGAGAGAUGAACUUGCUUACCAGCGCCAGAUGGCUAUCCAAAGCUCCCAGUCCGUUUCUACGAGAACUUUUGGCGGGCAGCUCACAUCCUCACGGCCUGUAACAACGUCAUCUGCUCCAACCACCCAAAGGCCUACACCUACAGCUACACCCGCAACAAUGGCAACACCGAAUUCAGGGUUACCUUCAAUUGAAGCCCUUGACCUUGGGCAGCCCACUGCCCCGGUAACGCCACAGGACCAUGCUAGGCAGGCAGCACACUCUGCAGUUAUGGAGCGUGCAUGUUCUCUCCUCCGAAAUGACCAGCGGAAAAUUGGCGACUUCCGGGGGAAGGUCUCACAGUAUCAAAGCAACAAUAUUGGAGCCAACCAACUUAUCGAAGCGUUCUUUUCGCUCUUCGAUGCAUCAUCAGCGGAAUUAGGGAAGCUGAUAAAAGAGCUUGCCCAUAUCUAUGAAGAUGAGAACAAACGUACGGGUCUUCUAAAGGCUUGGAAUGACUGGCGUGCAAUCAAUGAAGACUAUCCGGCGCUUCCAGGACCCAGUGGAACAACUCCAUACACCGGAACUGUUAGCGGAAUUGGCUCAGGAAAAAGAGUGUUGCGUUUAAAAUCAUCUACUACGCAGUCCUCUCGAUCAGCCUCAGGUCAAAACUCCAGGCUUUCUGGGAUUCUUCCUUCCAACUCUACCUCUAACCCUUUCCCUCCACUUUCCAACAACGCUACUAGUCGCAAACCCACUCAGGGAGGCAAUGCAUGGGGCACCACAACAGCCAUAUCAUCUGGCCCAAGCAGCUCUGGCUCUAGACUGGCAGCCUCUACUUCACGGCCAAAAGUCGCUGGGGAUUCUAAUGCGUUCCCUGCUCUUCCGGCGGCUCCCAAGCCAAACACUCUUAUGGCUGGCCUUACUCGUGGAACCGUAAGAUGGGACGACCGAAAUUCUGCAAGUGCCAGACCUUCUGCUUGGGGAUUAUCAAGCGAUCCAACGCCUGCCGAAUUGGAUUCGUCCGCUUCUCAAGAUAAAAAAGGAAAGGGCAAAAAGGGGAAGCAAGUUCUGUAUCAUUUUGGAUAA